AUGAUUGAGAAUUCGAUUGCCCUUGAUGCCAUUAACAAGGAAGCUGUUGAUCUGGAAAAUAUACCCCUUGAAGAAGUUUUUGACAAUCUUAAAUGUACAAGAGAAGGUUUGACCGCAGAUGCAGCUCAAAAGCGUUUGGAUUUGUUUGGGUACAACAAACUUGAAGAGAAAAAGGAAAGCAAAUUACUGAAGUUUUUGGGAUUUAUGUGGAAUCCACUAUCAUGGGUCAUGGAAGCUGCAGCUCUCAUGGCCAUUGGUCUUGCACAUGGAGGGCUUCUUGGUAGAAUGAGUUAUCAUGCAUUUGCAAUGUCAUUUGAUGAUCGGUGUAGCAACUUGAAUCAUGAGAUCGUUGAUUCUAAUGAUGAGGUCUUGGUUCGAGUCAAAGCAAUUUGUCAAAAUUACAGAAUCAGAGGUGAUUACAUAGAUUUUGAUAAAGGCCUUAUUUUGCAGAACAAGAGUGCAGACUAUCAUGAUUUUGUUGGCAUCAUCACCUUGCUUAUAAUCAAUUCAACAAUCAGUUUUAUAGAGGAAAACAAUGCUGGCAAUGCAGCUGCUGCUCUUAUGGCUCGGUUGGCCCCGAAAGCUAAGGUUCUGCGUGAUGGAAGAUGGAGCGAAGAAGAAGCUUCGGUGUUGGUUCCUGGGGAUAUUAUAAGCAUAAAACUUGGUGACAUUAUUCCUGCUGACGCACGUCUUUUGGAAGGAGAUCCUUUAAAGAUUGACCAGUCUGCUCUUACUGGAGAAUCACUUCCAGUAACCAAGAGUCCUGGUGACGGAGUUUACUCAGGUUCAACAUGCAAGCAGGGUGAAAUCGAAUCAGUUGUCAUUGCAACUGGAGUUCACACUUUCUUUGGCAAGGCAGCUCAUCUUGUUGAGAGCACUACACAUGUUGGACAUUUCCAAAUGGUUUUAACCGCUAUUGGAAACUUCUGCAUUUGCUCAAUUGCAGUCGGGAUGGUUAUUGAGAUCAUCGUGAUAUAUGGGAUUCAAGAGAGGGGAUACCGUGUUGGCAUUGAUAACCUACUUGUCCUGUUAAUUGGUGGGAUCCCAAUUGCAAUGCCCACUGUUCUGUCAGUUACUAUGGCUAUUGGUUCGCAUCGCUUGUCUCAGCAGGGUGCUAUAACAAAGAGAAUGACUGCCAUUGAAGAAAUGGCUGGAAUGGAUGUCCUUUGCAGUGAUAAAACAGGAACAUUGACUCUCAACAAGCUUACAGUGGACAAAAAUAUGAUUGAGGUUUUUGCCAAAGGAGUUGACAAGGAUAUGGUGGUGCUUAUGGCUGCAAGAGCGUCAAGAAUAGAGAACCAAGAUGCUAUUGAUACUGCCAUCGUUUCCAUGUUGGCAGACCCUAAGGAGGCAAGAGCUGGGAUUCAAGAAGUUCACUUCCUUCCAUUUAAUCCAACUGACAAAAGGACAGCUCUUACAUACAUAGAUGCUGCUGGGAAAAUGCACAGAGUGAGCAAAGGUGCGCCAGAGCAGAUUCUCCAUCUGGCACGCAACAAAGCAGAAAUUGAGCGAAGGGUACAUUCAAUAAUUGACAAAUUUGCAGAACGCGGACUAAGAUCUCUUGCGGUUGCCCGCCAGGAAGUGCCUGCUGGUACAAAGGACAGUCCAGGUGGCCCCUGGGAAUUUGUUGGGCUUCUCCCACUCUUUGACCCUCCACGCCACGACAGUGCUGAAACAAUUAGACGAGCGCUGAAUCUUGGUGUCAGUGUUAAAAUGAUCACAGGUGACCAACUCGCAAUUGCCAAGGAAACAGGAAGGAGGCUUGGAAUGGGUACAAAUAUGUACCCAUCUUCAUCCCUGCUUGGCGAAGACAAGGAUGAAGCAGUCGGCGGACUUCCAAUUGAUGAGCUCAUUGAGAAAGCGGAUGGUUUUGCUGGUGUCUUCCCCGAACAUAAAUAUGAGAUUGUGAGGAGACUACAAGCUAGAAAGCAUAUAUGCGGAAUGACUGGUGAUGGAGUGAAUGAUGCCCCUGCCUUAAAGAAAGCUGACAUUGGAAUUGCUGUGGCAGAUUCAACAGAUGCUGCUCGCAGUGCCUCCGAUAUAGUUCUAACGGAGCCCGGGCUGAGUGUAAUCAUUAGUGCUGUCUUAACAAGCCGUGCAAUCUUCCAGAGAAUGAAAAAUUAUACAAUAUAUGCAGUGUCUAUCACUAUACGUAUAGUGCUAGGUUUCAUGUUGCUGACUGUCUUCUGGAAAUUUGACUUCCCACCUUUCAUGGUUCUUGUCAUUGCCAUUCUUAAUGAUGGUACUAUAAUGACCAUAUCCAAGGACAGAGUCAAGCCUUCUCCUCUACCUGACAGUUGGAAGCUCAGUGAAAUUUUUGCUACUGGUGUUGUGCUUGGUGGUUAUCUAGCUCUAAUGACAGUCAUAUUCUUCUGGUUGGCUUAUGAAACUAACUUCUUCCCGGAACAUUUUAAUGUGAGGGACUUCAACCAGCACCAUUUUAACAUGACGGAUGAAAAAAUUGCCAAUCCACUUAAAGAACAAUUGGCAUCUGCUGUAUAUCUUCAAAUCAGCACCAUUAGUCAGGCCUUGAUAUUCGUGACUCGCUCCAGGAGCUGGUCAUUCGUGGAACGUCCAGGCCUUCUGCUUGUUACUGCCUUCAUUAUUGCUCAACUGAUCGCAACCGUAAUCUCUGCCACCGCAACCUGGAAAUUUGCUGGAAUUAGAAGUAUUGGUUGGGGCUGGACAGCUAUCAUUUGGGUGUACAAUAUAUUGACUUACUUUCUGCUGGAUCCUAUCAAAUUUUCUAUCCAAUACGCACUCAGUGGAAGAGCCUGGAAUAAUAUUAUAGACCAAAGGACUGCUUUUACCAACAAAAAAGACUUUGGCAAGGAAGCUCGUUCGGCAGCCUGGGCAGCUGAGCAGCGAACACGACAUGGCCUUCAGUCUACUGAGACAAAAAUGUUUUCUGAAAGAAAUACUUUCAGAGACAUCAAUCUCAUGGCAGAAGAAGCGAAAAGGCGUGCAGAAAUUGCUAGGAUGAGAGAGCUUCAUACACUGAAAGGCAAGGUUGAGUCAUUUGCCAAACUAAGGGGCUUGGAUAUUGAUGCCAUGAACCAGCAUUACACCGUCUAA